UGAGCGAGACGUGUCAAACUGUUUAAACAGGCUGUAUUUCAGAAUGAGGGGUGCUGCAGCUUUUCUGGUGCUGCUGCUCUGUCUGCACUGGACAUGGGCUCAGGGUGAGAGUGGAGUGGUGACAAGGGGUGACACCAUCCUGACAGAUGAAGAGAACAAGAACACAGAGGUUCAGUCUGAGAUACAGGGUGUCGAAGCAGCUCAUGAUCAGAGCAGCAGACAGACCAACACCACCCCUGACGUCUGGGCUGAGCUGAAGGAGCUGAGAGACAUGGACCAUCGAACAAAAGGUGGAGCUGAGGAACAGCAAGAGCAAGAUAGAGAAGCUGGAACAAGAGAAUGCAGCUAUGCAGGCCAGACUGUCAGCCAGUGACAGCAAGAUUGCAGUUUUGGAGGCCAGAAUAAGCUUCAAGGAAAAUGUGAUGGAGGAGCUCAAGAAAGAGAACAAACAAAAAUUAAAUGUUCUCACAGUGUUGGAGGCCAGAAUGAGCGCCAGUGAAAAUUUGACUGAGGAGCUGAAAAGAGAGAACACAGAUCUUCUGGCUAGAAUAACAACAAGUGAAAAUAAAAGCACAGUGUUGGAAGCCAGAAUGAGUUCCAGUGAAAAUAAGGUGGAGGAACUCAAGAAAGAGAAUGCAGAACGUCCAAAGGUGGCGUUCUCAUUUGGACUUACUGAUGCAGGACGAAUUGGACCCUUCAAUACUGACAUCACACUCAAGUUCAGUAGAGUCUUCACCAACUUUGGCCAGGCUUACAACCCAACUACAGGUAUGUUCACAGCACCAGUCAGAGGAGCCUAUUACUUCAGAUUCUCUGCAUGGGAUGACAGAUCUUCUUCUUCAAUUGGUGCUAAUCUCUAUCACAAUGGCAAGAGAGUGUCAUGGAAUUCUGCGUAUAACACUGACCCUUCCUAUAUCACUAUUACUAAUGCAUUGGUUCUUCAACUGGAAAAGGGGGAUGUAGUUUACAUGGUCCUCCCCUCAAACCAUGGUAUAUGGGAUGAUAUCCACAAUCGAACAACCUUCAGUGGAUUUUUGCUUUUUUCACUGUGAGUGCAGCUGUAAAACACACACAGUUUUCAUAAAGUUUCGAGAUCCAUCUGUGCAUGUUUCUCAGUGCACUUUUUUACUGUGCUGGCUUUGUACUGCGACACAUUCGAUUUGAAAUAAAAGAAUAACAAUGA